AUGACCGAGCUCUUUGACGAUGCCAGUUGCGUCUCCUUUCCCAGUGGAGGUGACUGCGAGCCGCCGAGCCCAUCUCAGUGCUCGUGGCCUGCAAAUCCGCCUAUGGACCCAGGACUCUUUCAAGCCCAGUUGAUGGGCGUCGCGUACUACGGUGUUUUGAAUCAGUGGCGUCAGGCUUUUGAUUCCGCCGGGAGUCUUGCAGCUUUGCAGAUCGGUACCAUCACGGACGCUUUCCCUUCAAAAAGUCCGCAAGUCAUUCCCUUGGCACAACUCUUAUCCACCUUGGGUGCUGCUUUUGGUGCUGCCGGUUCUGCCUUGAGCAUUAUACCAGAUGGUGAAUUUGCUGGAGGGGCCACAGGAAUCAUAGGAGGAAUCUUAUCCACCAUUGGAGGCGCCCUUCCGUCAUCUGAUCCCAGUGACAACACCCAGAAUACGCUAUCAAACUAUAUGUCCUUGCUCUAUACCAGUACCUGGACUGCCAUCGACACCAUGGCCAAUAACAUCUUCAAGAAAGGCGACGUUAGUUCGUUUCCGAAAUCGGUAAUUACUGGGCCUUGGACGACUCCCAUGGCCAACUACUUCUACAACGGAAAAUGGUUCUAUCCUAUGGACACCAGCACAACGGAGGACUUGGGAUACACCAUGAACCGGACGAUCCAACAGGGCCUGGUGGGAGCGACCCUCGGAGCAGCCGACUACUUCAUCCUGGCAGUUACGGUCUCUGAAUCAGACUGCGACCAGAUCACUAGCGGCACGAUUAUCGAUGGACUGUGCUACUUCCUGGCGUUUCCUGGGAGCCAGGAAUGCAAUAAGGACAAUAAUGCAAUUGACUCUGACACUGUCAAAACGAUGGCGACCUACGGUGUUAAGCCUUCAGAUGUCAUCGAAAACUCUGUGGCAUGUCAGAAACAGACCGAUAACUACUUCGGCACCCUGCCUUUGGCCUUCACCCCGGAGAGUUGGGGAACGGGUAAUCCAAUUUGUUUCUACAAUCUACCUGUAUUCAAAGUACAAGUUGGGUUGACGCUGACGGCGACUGAAGCUGUCGAGGAGAAUCCUUGCGAUGUCUAUAAAUCUAACCUGACUGCCACUUCUCCGGUAACUGGGCUAACUUGGUUGCCGCCGAAUCUAGCGUCUAUAUUCAACGACGAUUGGUGUUACUGUGUCAGGCCUUGUCCACCCUACUGUUAA